UGCACAAAUUGUCCUGCGCCUCUCUUUUCUGUACUCGCUCUAAGAAUUCUCAAGUCGAAUCUCUGAGAUGGCCGAAAAGAAUAACGAGACCAAUCCCUUCCUCCGGCGCCCUCUCUAUGUUUACGAUCUGCCACCCGAGUUACUGUUCACUCUUACCCUCGCUGGACGAGAUCAACCAGCGUCUCAGCAUAGAGAUGUGUUACCCACGCCUUCUGAAGUAGUGAAUGCCUCAAAUGAAGGCUCCAAUACCCCCUCAACCUCGUGUGCACUGUGCAAAGUUUCCUUCAACAAUGUGCAGGAUCAGCGACAACAUGUCAAGUCCGACUUCCACCGUUACAACUUGAAAUUAAGCAUAAAAGGAACGCCGUCAAUCGACGAGGCUACUUUUAUACGAAUGAUAGGUGACCUCGACGAGUCAUUAUCGGGGUCGGAGUCUGAAGACUCAGAGGAAGAAGACGAAGGGAACAAGCCAGGCGAUACUACGUUGAGCGCACUUCUAAAAAGACAAGCCAAAAUCUCGAACGAAGAUCAGGACGAUGAUGCGAAGGCUACAACAAAAAAAUACUUCGGGACGGCGCCGAUGUUGUGGAUGACGAGUCCGAAACUAGAUCAGGACGUUGGUUUAGGAGUAUACAGAGCGAUCCUGUCGAAUGAAGAGAGGGAGGCUGCAUCUACAAGUCUAGUAGACAUCAUCAAGAAGAAACAAGUCAAGCCAACGACACCCAAGCAAAACGGACACGGAAAGGGAAACCUGGCGCAAAAUGAACCACACUUUUUCCUUUGCAUGAUUGGAGGUGGACACUUUGCCGCCAUGAUUGUGUCAUUGGUGCCAGAAAUCAGGAAAGGACCAGGAGGCAUAGAAGAGCGGCACCCUGUAGUCAGAGCCCACAAGACCUUCCACCGAUACACGACGAGGCGGAAACAGGGUGGAUCGCAAUCGGCUAACGACAACGCCAAAGGAAACGCACAUUCCGCAGGAUCUUCGAUACGACGGUACAACGAGAUGGCUCUCGAAGCAGAUGUGCGCAAUGUUCUAUCCGAAUGGAAAGGCAUGAUCGAUACUGCAGAGCUGCUUUUCAUCCGAGCGACCGGAUCCACAAACAGAAGAACACUUUUCGGGCCUUAUGACGGUCAGGUAUUACGAAGUAAUGAUCAGAGAAUACGAGGGUUCCCAUUCAGCACCAGGCGGGCGACCCAAGCAGAGCUUCUUCGUUCAUUUCAGGAGCUCACGAGGUUAAAAGUGGGCAAGUUGAUGACACCAGAGGAGGAAAAGCGGCAAACAGAAAAGGCUGCACCAAAGGAGCCCAAACCAAAACCUUCAACACCAAAACUCAGCAAGGAAGAGGAAGCAGCACAACUCCAUACGUCACAACUUCAAGCCUUGAUCAGACGUUCGAAAGCUCCCGGCGUGUUAUUAUAUCUGACCAAGAACGAACUCUCGCCAAACUUUUCAUUUUACCCUCCCUCAGAACACCACCACGCACCCACACCGCUACAUCUAUCCGCUUCCACGAACUCACCUGCCCUCGUCACUGGUCUACUCACCAAAGCCAAAGCUGACCCGACCAUCACAAACGACGACGGGAAGACUGCGUACGACAUUGCGGGCGACCCCAAAACCCGUGACGCGUUUCGAGUUGCACGGCACUUGCUUGGUGAGGACGCUUGGGUUUGGACGAAAGCCCACGUCCCGUCGGCACUGAGUCAGGAAGAGGCGGACGGAAAGUUGAAGCAGGAAAAGGCAGCCAGUGACGCGGCAGAGGUGCAGAGACGCAAGGCCGAGCUCGAGCAGAUCCGUGUGGACGAGGAGAGGAGGAAGGCAGGAAAAAUGGAGAGGAAGGCCGGCGCGGGCAGGAGUCUAGGGCAGGCCGUGGCUUUCGAAAAGACGGCGAAUGAGAAGAGGGAAGAAGAGAUGCGUGGUAUGACGCCCGAGAUGAGAAUGAGGAUCGAGCGGGAAAGGAGGGCCAGAGCGGCCGAGGAGAGGUUGAAGAGGAUGCAGCAGGGGACGUGAUGGAUGAGGAGUCGAGCUGUUCUUGUAACGUUGGGUAUGAAAUCAGGAUCUACGAAAGUGUACGGAGUAUGAAAACACAGUACAACAGAUUCAUCUCGAGGCGGUUCUAUACUCAUUCAAUCCACGACCAUUUGAUGAUCAAUGACAAGUCUGAAAACCAAAGAUG